AUGGCCAGUCAGCGGUCUAGCCCACAGCUACUACGAUCUCAUUCCAGCAACGAUGAGCUUCUGACUCGAAGUAGACGCAAUACGGUCCUUUCCACCUCUUUCAUCCCGACUCGCAAGCUUGAAGAGCAACCAUCGUCCCCAAUGAGUCCGCUGGAAACCCGAAGGACCAGAAGCGGCACAGUUAAGAGUAUAAGCACCCUCAAGCACGAUAUCCACCAUGUUCAGCAAGACCUUGUUCGUCUGCGGAAGUCGAAAGAAGAUGCUGAAAAACGGCGUGAGUCGGCAACCGUUGACAUAUACCCAGGGAACUACUCCCAGGAGCAUUUGCAGCGGCACUCCACGGUACUUCAGACCAAAGACGAAGUGCGGAAACUUGACCAGCAGAUCAAGAAAAACGGUGACUUGCUGAGUACGCUUCGAGGUCGACUAGACAGUACUAGCUCUGCUGUUACUGAAGAAAGUGGCAGAUCGGAUGUGUUACCACAUCAUCAAUCCCUCAACAACGUUUCUGAAAAGCCCUCUGAUGGCGCUUACGUUGACGAUAGUGGCACGGACGACGAUCCGGAUCAAGUAAUAUCACCGCCGAUCUCGGAUAGCGAAAGUGUGUCACUUGACGGAUUUGGCGACGUGACAAGUACGGAAAUGGAAGCGGCCGCGUCACAGCCCUCAAGACACCUCGCGGAAACGAGCAAUGAGCACGCUACAUGGCUUGUGGGUGAUUAUCUUCAAAGUCUACAAGAUAAAAACUCACCUAAAGAUGUGAUCGUUUUAAAAGCAAACGAUUUGGUUGCUUUGCUGAAACAGAACCCUAGAAUCAAGUUCGAUCUGGUCUUGCCUGCUUUUUCGCAGUCCAUACAAGAGCUUUUGUUAAGUGAGGAUGAAGUUUCUGUGGCCGCAGGCUACAGAAUAUGUAGAUUUCUCAUCACAGGGCCCGACUUCAUAAAAAAAUUGCGCAAACUGUAUUUGGAAUCUUUUCUGAUCAUAUCUUUGGCGAAGAACAGUGCGUCACUUAUAGAGAAGAUUCAAGCCUUGAAACUCAUACGCGCUUUUGCAGAAUGCGAUGCCAGCAUAAGUAUUGGCCUUACACAGGCUGUAAUCAGCUGCGUCGAGAAAAGUGACGACAAACUGAUAGAAAUCGCCAUUGAAACGCUAUUAGAGCUUUGUUAUAUCAAACCUGCAGUGGUUCAGCGAUGUAAAGGGAUGCAGGUAUUGCAAUCUGUCAUUGCGGAAAAUCCGCUUUCGUCAUUCUGUCCCUUUAUUUUGGAUUCCAUCCUUGAUUUGAUGAGCUUUCGAGACACAAGGCAACAUUUUUUUGAGUCUUUUGAUCCUUCCGUGACCUUAGCAACUUUAGCAGACAGUCAAGUGAAAGCGAAUUCGAGCGUCGAAAAACUUCAAGGAAGCAUAGUUCUAAUUUGCAAAUGUCUGAAAAACUACAAUGGAUUGAUUUUGUUCUCUCAAGAUGACUUCAGGCCAUUCAGAGAGCUUCUUGCCUUCAUUCAAUCUCCCUCGCUAACCAAAUACUUGGUUGACUUGUUUUUAGAUGUUCUGAGAAUCAGGCCGUUGUCUUUCCCAGAAAAGAGGAAAGCCUCACAGCUGUUCAAAGUGACCCAAUCGCAAUUUCAGUCCGAAGUCGCACCCGUCAACCAAUACCUGGGUCUACUGAGUAGCAUAUUGUUUGAAUUGAACUUCCUCGAUCAUUUAGUCCCUAUCUUGGUUCGAGAGUCAGGUGCAUCGAGCGAUUCAAAACUAGCUGCAAAAACAAGAUAUCUCAUAGCAGAGUACUGCAGUAUAUCAAACAAUGUAGCGGAUUUGAAACCGCACGCUUCUGUCAAUCUGCUGUUUCCGGAGCACUCAACGUUUCAUAAUGUUUUUACUCAGGUUUUCCAGUAUGAGAAGGUCUCAAAUAGAUUGAACAAGAACAGGAAUACUAUCGGUAUGACAGAGCUAGAAUCGAUCAAUAACAUCGUGGAUUUCUCCGAACGAUCUAAACAUAAGGCUUUAGUGACCCAGGUUGAUGAGAUUAGGUUCAAGAAAAUGGUGUUUGAUACGAGAGUUUUGCAAACAAAGGAUUUCACUUUAUGGAACUGGGGCACACUUCUAGAUUUGAUCGAGGGCCCCCUGCUUAGUCCAAAGAGGCUAGAAGAUCUUGCCAAGACUACGAAAUUUUUCCGUCGACUAUUGGUAUUUUAUCGGCCGAUGAGAUACCGCUUUGCGGGAAUUCCCCGCAACUCACGUCUAGCGGCUAGGUGUGUUCAUGUAGGGCGCGAAUUGAUGAAAACACUCACGUCAACUGCCGAAGGAAUGCGCAUUUUAAAUGAUGACACGAAACUUCUGCCACAAAUAGCCUCCUUGCUUUUCAAAGCCAUGGAGGGCCAAACGUUGGGGAACGUCUUCUCAGAGAAGCAUUUGGCGCAAACGGUGUCUGGCGGUUAUUUCAGUAUCCUAGGCGCAAUGACCCAAACUGCAAGAGGUUGCAAGACGCUCGAAAAAUGGAACCUUUUCACAGUGAUCUAUAAAAUGUUUCAAAAAACCUCCGAUCUCGCUACCUCUUAUCUCAUUCAAACAUUGCCUGAGCUGGGGGUCAUUCAUUCAUACCACACAAGAACAAUUUUGAGAAAAGCAUUAGCACACCCAUCAGAAGAAAUCCGCGUAAUAUCUACCAAUUUACUGGGAACAAAAUUGCAAGAAUCGGUCUCUCAGGCUAAAAGCGGACAAAAAUCGGCCGAGCUUGAAAAACUUCUACUGGAGUUGGUUGUUCGCCAAUUAUAUGAUCUUUCUCCAAUAGUGGUUGCCGCAGCGGAUAAGAUUUUAUACGGGUACUGCGCGCUUCAAGACUGGCCUCCGAAUGUCGACACUCAACGCCAUCAUUUACUGAACCAACUUGUAUUUAUACGCUCUCCCAUUUUGCUAGAGUUUUUGAAAACACCACCUGGAUUCGAACAGUUGAACAGUAUUGGAUUCGUUGCAGCGGAGCGCGAAAAAUGGAUCCAGGGGAAAAAUAAGGAAUACGUUUGGAGGGUAGAGGAGUUCAUUCGGAAGGAAAUGCAGAAUGUAUUGAGCUCUGGCUCCGAAACGCCUGCGUCGAAAAGGAGAUUACCAAUGCAUUUUUUCCAGAGUCUGGCUAGCACGGAGGAGGGUGCUGCAAUGAUCACACAGAAGGGUGAUUUUGUAGAUGUCGUCAACACUAUUAAACAAUACAGAUACAAGGGUUGUCCUGAUUUAACAGUCGAGGAGCAUUUGGAAUUGAAGGCUGCACUUUGGUGCUGUGGCUACAUAAGCUCAACCAUGUAUGGGGUUGAAUUGCUGGACGCAAACUCAGUCACUAGCGAUAUUGUGAAAAUCAGUUUCGCGGCUUCUUCAACAUCCACCAAAUUUACAGCGUUUUAUGUGCUAGGACUAAUUGCGAGCACUGAUGAGGGGUGCGAAAUCCUCGAUGAACUGGGUUGGAACUGCAGCCUGGACGUCUUAAAGAAUCCUCUAGCGUUGGCGUUUCCAAGAGAUAUAAAACAAUUUCUCAGAUUUCCGGAGUUAGCUGAACGAGGAGCAACAUUUCAAGAGACUGACGCUCGUGACGUCUCAGAUAAGUCAUCGACGCCCGAACCUGUAUCGAUGAAUCUGGACGUACUACUUCAUAGUAAAGCCGAGUUGGAGAAUACAAUGGGAGAUGAAAAGCAGGAAGUGCAGGCUGAAGUGGAACGCCAGGCUCGCAUUUUGGAGACAUUCAGAUCGCAGGCCGAGGAAAUAACGGGUGACGAACUUGGCGAUAAAGUUUUAAGGGCUGUUAGCAAGCUGAACAACCAUAUUCUGUCAAACACAGCUGCCAAGGACAUUACUGAACUUUUAUCAAAACAUGGGCCUGCACGUUUCGAGACUGGCGACAUAUUUCUUCGGGUAGUAGCACUCAUGGAACAGUAUCGGUUCAAGCCGCAAGUUCGAAAGUUUCUGUGUGAGACUCUGGUGAGCAAGAAGACGCUCGAAGCCAUGAUCAAAAAGGAACGAAGGAAGACCAGGAGGAAGGAUGUGGGAUAG